AUGUUUUCUUCCACUCUCCGUCGCCAUUGCCCCUCAAUUGCACGCAUUACUUUCUCCUCAAUCCGCCCUCUUACUUCAUACACUCCUACACGCACGGUUGUACGCAAUUCGUUGAAAAAUCCUCCCUCUGCUUCCUUUUCACGGCAUAGAUUCUUCUCCGUCUCGCCGUUUUUGAAAAAUGAUACCGAGGCGGAGCCGGAAUUGGCGGAAGAAUCGACACCAGAUUCUGAUCCUCCUGCGGGGGAAUAUGUUCAUCACACGGGCGAUCCCGAAGUAACUCAUCAUUAUGGAGAGGAUGAACCAAUAACUCGUUUUCAGCAGCUGGCUGAUAGAGGCUUGGUUGAUCCGGUCAUUAUCGAGAAGAUAGUGAAGGACAAGGGAUACGAGGAAAUGACCAAGGUCCAGAGGAAGACUAUUCUGGAGACUUUGGGAGGAGAAGAUGUGUAUGUUCUGCUCUCGAUAUUUUGCAUCGGGGUUUUUUUUGCUAACAAGCUAUUGGGUGACAGGUUCGGUCAAGCCAAGACCGGUACGGGAAAGACUAUUGCCUUCCUUUUGCCCGCCAUACAGCGCAUACGAGCCUCCACCAUCCCUUGUAAGCCUCGUACCAAGAUCAGCCCUGGGCAUCGGCAAGAGGAAGGAAAAACGAACGCGGAUGUUCGUGUGAUAAUUAUAUCUCCUACCCGUGAGUUGGCACAGCAAAUUGAGGUCGACGCCCGAUUCCUUACUAGAGGCACUGGAAUCAUUACCCAGCUUGCCGUUGGCGGUUCUCGGAAGAGAGAGAGCCUCAUAGAUAUUAGAUGCCGCGGGUGCAAUAUUUUGGUUGCUACUCCCGGCAGAUUGCAUGAUAUUCUAUCCGAUCCGACGGCCGAAAUCAGCACCGAAAAUCUCGAGAUGCUAGUAUUGGACGAGGCGGACCACCUGCUUGAUCAAGGGUUCGCCGAAGCAAUCGACGAUAUUGUCAAACUCCUUCCCCACAGAGACAAGCCUGUUGGGGAUACUGGAAUGCCUAGACAAACGCUCUUAUUCUCUGCCACCAUCCCAGACAGGGUCCAGGAGAUGGUGAAAAAAACCAUGCGCCGCGAGCACAAAUUCUUGCAGAUGGUUGAGAAGGGUGAGGCAGCGACACACGAGAAAGUCCCACAACACCUUGUUAGAUGCAGGGGACUUGAGAACCAGUUGCCAGCACUUGUCGAGCUUCUAAAACGCGAAAUCCAGGCUGUCGACGACUCGAAAGGAACUGAAAACCUCCUUCAACCCUUCAAGGCUAUCGUCUUCCUCCCUGCUGUUCGUCCGGUGAAGCUCUUGACUGCGGCCCUUAGAAACAUUAGGCUGGGGGGGGGUGAAGGGCCAGGUGUGGGCCCGUUCUACCCGGCCAAAAUAUUUGAGAUUCACUCCCAACUCACUCAAGCCGGACGGACAAGAACUGCCGAGAACUUCCGCAAAGCUGAAUCCGGAAUUCUGCUUUCGUCUGACGUUACAGCACGCGGGAUGGAUUUCCCCGGCGUAACACACGUGAUCCAGAUGGGCGCCCCCAAAAGUGAGGAAACCUAUAUUCAUAGGAUCGGACGCACAGCUCGUGGGGAUAGGUCUGGCGUAGGCUAUCUAUUCCUCUCAGAGAUGGAGUUCGCAGAUACUAGGAGGGAACUUCGGAAGCUUCCGUUGGAACUCAACGAUUCACUUGUUACCGCUGGGAUCGACUUGGCGGUAGAGCAAGAACUCCCGAAACAUGCAUCCGAGAUCUUGACUGCUGUUGCGGAAGCCAACCAGGGAAUUGAUCCAUCCGAGAUGAGGAGUACCUACACAUCACUCAUUGGCUGCUAUGGCGGUAUCCAAAAAUCUCUUUUGGCCGAAUCUCUAAAUCGCCUCGCCACCCUUGGAUGGGGGCUGCCGGAGCCUCCGGCGGUAUCUAGGGUACUUGCAUCGAGGCUAGGCAUCAGUCCCAAUCACGGAUUCAACAUCUCAGCCCCAACCCGUGAUGGGGCUGGCGAUGAGGGGUUUGACGGGCCUGAUCGUGGCGGACGAGGCGGAAGAGGUGGAAGAGGUGGAAGAGGUGGAAGAGGCGGUUUCGGCGGGAGGGGGGGACGGGGCGGGAGGGGCGGGUUCAGCGAUCGCCCGUCUUACCGCUCCAGUGGUGGCGAUGAAGAUGGCUAUGGGCGCGGGUCAUUCAGACCGAGAGACGAUAACAACGGGACUAGCUAUGAACGUAGGCCCUACCGAUCCCAAGGCAAUGGGGACGACGAGGGCGACACCAGCUAUGAACGCAAGCCAUUCAGACCAAGAGACGGGAAUGACGGGGGUGGCUAUGAACGCAAGCCCUUCCGUCCUAGAGAUGAUUCAUCUGGCGGCUACGAGCGUAAGCCCUUCCGUCCCAGGAACGGUGACGAUGGCGAGGGUGGUAGUGGUGACUAUGAGCGCAAGCCCUACCGUUCUAGAAACAAUGGCGAUGAUGAUGAGGGCGGUAGUGGUGACUACGGGCGCAAACCCUUCACAUCCGGAGGUUUCCGCGGCCGGGGACGUGGUCGUGGCGGCUAUGACGGUCGGUCUAGUCGAAGCUCGGGCAGCGAGCGCGGUCGAGGCGGGUACCAGCGCGCGCACGGUGGCGGAUCUGGUAACUGGGAGCGCGGGAACCGUGGACGUAGCAGCGGCGGGAGAGGGCGGUAUUGA